AUGUAUUCCCUGAUUUUUGGUUUUCUCUUCAUUUUGGCAGUGGCAUCGAGACCUACUGAAAAAGAAACAAACGCCAUUUGUCAUCCGGUAAUACUGUUUUUGUCCAUUCACAAUAAACAUAAAAAUAUACUUAAGUUUCAACAUUUUUUUUGCAGGCAAUGAAGGAUUUGUCUUAUUUCCAUAAUAGUAUUAUUGAUGGAGCUACGAACAAAACUGCUUGGUAUAUUGAAACCAUCAAAUUGUGUGAUAGUUUAACCGAAUGCUUCAAAAGGGGCUUUAAUUUUUCCAUUAGAGAUUGGCAUUAUGCUGUUGCAGAAUCCAACUGCAUUACAUUCAAAUUUAGAAAGAGCGAAGAUUUUGAACCCUGUUACAACGUCUUUGAACAACAUAAGACGGUCAAAUCAUUGUUCCCAUAUGUGAGCUAAAAAAAAAACAAUUGAAAUUUAUAAUUAAAUUUUUGUUUAGGUGAAUCGAUCUAUCAAUGAUUGUAACCUAUUGGAACUUCAAGCCGGCGCUGAGGAAAGUAGUGUUUACACACUCUGUGGAAAUAAUUAUAUUCAACCCUACAGAAAAUUCUAUAAGAAAUAUAGAAGGGCAUUUGGUUGUUAA